UAUUAUAUUAUUUAGUAUUCACUAUUGUUAUUUGUUUAAUAUGAGUACUGAUUGCUAUUAUCUUGCGGUUAAAUUAAAUGUUUGUAAGACGCAACUCAUAGUGUACUUGUGAUUUUUGCUAGAUUUUAAAUACUACUUAAAUUCUAAUUUAAUAAUAUAAUUAAUGAUCGUCUCAUUCUACGAUAUGAUUGAUUAACCUUGCGAUUCUUUUUUUAAUUGCUUGAACUUUGUCAUAUCAUUAUCUUAAGUCUUAUAUUUCAAUAUCUUGGUCAAGACAAUUUAGAAAUGUCAGCAAGUAGCACUUCAUCUUGGUCAGACAAAAGUGAACAAAAUGUUUUCAAGUGUAGCGCUAAAGCGGCAACUAAACAUCCAUUUUCUAUACUUAUGAUUGGAAAUUCCAACUGGAGUACUCAAUUGACAGAAGCAUUGGUUGAAUAUCAUGAAAACAACCAUAUUUCUAAAAUUCAAGUGCACAAGGCACAAACUGUAAAAUCUGCACUUUCUACACUGUCCAAUGUUUAUGCAGAUCUUGUGAUUAUUUUAUUGGACAUAAGUAAGAAUGAUUGUUUAGUUGAUGUAGAAGUUAAUUUAUUAGCCCUAGAACCAGCAUUAUUAUGUGGCAGGACAAUUUUAGUUAACCCAAUAAAUAGUAUAAAACGUAAAGAUAUGGGGAUUUCUUAUGAAAAUAUUGACACUCUUAAAAGAAAAUAUAAUUUACUUAUUAUACAUGGAAAUAUAGAGGAUUACAUAAGUAGAAUGUUUUUGGCGAGACGAAUCAUGGUUUAUUCCUACAAAAUCAAUAAAAACGGUUUACCAAACAUUUUAGAAUUUAAUUCUAUUGAUAUGGAGCCUAGUAGACUAGCUUUUUAGUAUAAUUUAUAAGUACAUUACCAAUAAAAUACCUAUGUAAAUAUAAUAUAUAAAGAUUUUAUUAAUA